GCUAGAAGCAGACCUGACUGACCUCCGUGAGAAACACAAUAUAGCACAACAAGAGGUCAACAGCAGGGGUCAGGCUGUUUUGAAGCUGAAAACAGACUUGAAGACUGCAGAGGAAAAUUUCAGAAGUGCAAAGGAGGAACUCGCAUUCCAGAAAACAGAAAUAGUUCAUUUGAAGACAGAGAUAAACAGUCUGCUGACGGAAGUACAGGACUUACGUGAUGCUUGCAAAGAACGUGAUAAGAAAAUGAGUCAACAGGAGCAAUCUAUACUGAACCUGCAGCAUGAGCUAAAAAUCAGUAACCAACAGAAUCACUGUCAGGAGAAAUCCAUGGAGCAGCUUCAGAAAGAAUUUGAUGUUUUCAAACUGGCACAUGAAUCUGACAUGGACCAUUUUAGUCAUGAAACUGCUCGAGUGCAAAAGGAACUUGACUCAACUGCAAAGGAAUUACAGGAGAGGUUGACCAAACUGCAACAGUACAAGUCCACAGUUGACAGACUGAAUUCUGACCUACAACAUGCACAUGAGCAACACCAAGAGGUGGUCCAGGAAGUUUCUCAGUGCGAAGAUAUUAUGCGCAAUCAAGAAUCGGAAAUAGCUCAUCUUAAACAGCAGCAGUUUGAUUCUGAGAACCAAGUAGCCACAGCCAAACAGAAUUGCAAAUCGCUUGAAACUAUGUUGGAUCUUUAUAAGCAAAAAUACCAGACUUGUAUAAACAGGAUCACAGAGUUGGAAAAUUCAAUGCAAAGCCUGGAGACAGACGUGCAAGAUGCAAAUAGACAGCUUUGCAACCGCGAUGAGACUGUUCACAAGCUACGAAAUGACAUGCUCACAGUGCAACACCAAUAUGAAACAAAGUGUCGACAAGUGGAACAUUGCGAAAACAAUGUUGAUCAACUGACCCAUCAGUUACAAGUUGCACAAGAAAGCCUUUCUGCAAACAAAGAACAUGUUACCCAGUGUGAGGAGAUCAUUCGUAGCCUUCAAGAACAGGCCACAGUUCAUCAUAAUCAAGUUAUUGGAUGGGAAGAGUCGCUUGUAAAACUCCAAACAGAUUUUACCUCCUACAAAGCCAUACACGGCCAUUCCGAUACAGAUUACAAUCUCCAGACUGCUCAACUUGACCAAUUAAAGAAAGAUUUUGCACAAGUCAAUGUUCAGAGUUCUGAAUUUGCACAGGAAAUCAGUAAUUAUCAGGAAAUGAUACACAAGAUGAAAGCACAAUUAACCACUGUUACAGAACAGAAGAAUGAUGGUAUGAAAGAUGUAGCCCGCUUAGAGAAAGUUGUCCAAGGUCUUCAACUUGAUCUAGCCUCUGAGUUGCAAAAACACCAAAUGGAGUCAGCCAAACUGGGACUGCAGAUCACUCAACUGGGAAAUGACCUCUGCAACAGUCAAAAACUAUACAACCAACGAGAACAGGCAAUACAGAAGAGAGAUGACCUCUUGAGGAAGUCUGAAGCAGACCUGCUUCAGGCUCGUGAUAGUAUCAAAGGGAAAGUAACAGAAAUUGAAAAGCAAGGCGCUGUGGUGAAAAGCCUAGAGAUGGACGUUCAGAGGCUGGAAAAAGAAAAGCAGCAAAAAGAAAAUGAAAACAUAUCCCUUAAGGCAGAGAUAGAACAAUUGAACCAGGAUCUACAAAACAGCAAUAAAAACUGCAGAGAAUUUGCACAGGAGAUGGCACACCAUCAGGAGAAACUUUUACUGAUGGAGAGUAGCCUACAAACCACACAGGAUCAGCUCAGUGAUCGUGUUACAGAGAUUGUCCGGCAUGAACAGGCAAAUCGUAAACUACAAUCAGAGCUUAAAAUUCUGAAAGAGCGAGAAACUAGCAACAAAGAAGAGAUCGAUGCUAACAGGGUACAAAUUGAAAAACUUAAAGCUGAAAAUGCUCAGAAUAAACAGAGUCAUGAAAGUGCAGUCACAGAAGGACUCAAGCACCAGAAAUCAAUUUGCAAGUUGGAGAUGGAAGUCAACACCAGCAAAGAGCAGAUUAAAAUGCUACAAAUGCAGAUUCAUCAAAAGGAAGGUGAGAGCAACAGACUUCGAGAAGAAUUAAAAUCGGAACAAACGAGACAAGAGGAGUUACAAAGACAGUCUCAGAAACUGAAAGAACAAGUAGGAGAGCUCAAAAGAGAAACUGAUGAAUUGAAUGACAAAUUUAAAGAAAAUACCCAGUUGCUGAAGGAGAAAGAGGAUCAUAUUUUAUUUCUGGAAGAUAAUUUAGCACAAUUCCAGAAAAAGCACCAGGCUUUACUUAAUGAAUACAGGAACUGUGAAUCAGAGCUACAGGAGGCCCAAUCAAAUCUAUCAACAGCUCAGAAACAGAACAAGUAUUAUACUGAAGAGGCAACCCGACAAGAAGAUAAAUUUGCCAAUCUUCAGUCAGAGCUGAAUACAGUCCAGGAACAGGCACGAAAGACUAACCAUGAACUGAAAUCAGCAGACCAACUCAUCCAUGAACUCAGACGAGAGCUAACAGCAUGUCAUGGUACCCAAAAAGAAAACAUGGAGCAGCUAAGUAAGAAGAGUCGAGAGAUAGCCAGCCUGAGAAAUGAUAUUGCACGUAGUCAACAGAGAAAUAUGCAGUUAGCAGAGGAAAGUGCAGCAUAUGAGGAAAGGAUGAGAAGACUGCAUGAUGAACUGAAAAAAAUGCAAGCACUGAAUCAACGGGCAGAAGAGGAAGCUCACAUUUGUGAGAAUCGAUUAGUGGAACUCAGCAACCAGAUGAUAAUGUCACAGGGGAAAUCCCACGAAACCAUGAAGGAACUUAGCAGUAAGGAAGAAGAGUUACUAAUAAUGAAAGUCGAACUGGUCUCCCUUCGAGAAAAAUAUCACUCUAAAACUGAAGAGCUCGAGACCUUACGAAAAUCCCUGCAUGGUGCAAGGUCAGACAGUUCAAGAUUGCAUCGAGAGAGUGAGCUGGUUGUAGCGAAUGUUAACCAGUGGGUAAAGGACCAAAAGCAAGCCAAUGAAAAACUUGGAAAUAAGAUCAAAGAACAAACAAAGCAAAUCCUUCAACUAACAACUGAAAAAGACCAUCUGCAGGAAAUGAAUGAACGACUACAGCAUGAGAAUAAGAAAUUAAAAGUUGAAGUGGAUGAGAAGAGAAUAGCAAACGAGAGGCUAAAGGCUUUGCACAGUCAUCCAGGUGAGCACUCUAAUGUCACACAUCAAUUCCGGAGUCCAUUUCAAGAUGAAGACUACAACUCACUGCGGUCAAUGAGGAGAACCUUCAGCAGCACAGGGAACCUGAGAAAACUCAAGCCUCUUGCUGCCAAUUGGAAUUUUGAUUAGACAGCUGUACCCUGAGAGUCCAGAUUGAACCAAGCUGCAUUUACCUGU